GCCCUUCUAGAAACCCAACCCCACAGACAGAGACUCGCACGUCAUUUGCUUACAAAAUCCAGUCUUCUGCAGCCAAUGAAUCACGAUUACAAAUUUACAAAAGUGCUCCUCCUAAAUAUAUAAAACAAAAAAAAAAAAAAAAAGCAUUUCUAUAUUUGUCGUCAAUAACAAUGGCCACUUUUGUUUACAUAUAAUAUUUAUAUUAUAUAUUUCUUGACGAAAUUCUCUGUUUAUAGGACAAAAUAAAGAAGAAGAGAACAGAAGACCAACAAAAAAAAAGAAAGAUGAAUUAUAAUAUCACAACCAAAAACGUUUUAGAUGUGUCAGCGUUCUUGCUCUUAGAAGCAUCCGCAGAUUCCGAAGCUGGCCACGGCGGCGUUGACGAUGAUAAAUGCGUUAAGGAUAUUGAUGAUGAUGAUGAGUCUUGUAGUGCCAGCUGUUCGUGCGAGAUGUCUUGUAUAACGUGGACGAGUCACACGCCAGAUCGUCAGUUAGAAUUUGCCGUAGAAGAUACGGUGAAGGAAGAGACAGACGCUGCAGAGGAAGAAGAAGAAGAAGAAGAAGAAGAAGAAGACGGAGAAGGAGAGGUGAAUAGCUACAUAAGAUCAUGUGGAAGAAGCCAACGCGAAAAUCUGGCCGUGGCGAUCAGUGAGAUGGAUCAAAAUCGAAUGUUCUGGGAAGCUUGUCUCGCAUCUUAAUCUGUCAUUUUUUUUUUUUUUUCUCAGCAUGCAACAACAACAGAGAAAGCAAAAUAUCUAGAUUAAUUAGCGUGUUCUUGUCUGGUUUUCUUUUUAAUUAAUGCACAUCUAUAUAUGAAUUGUUGUUACACUGUGAAUACACUGUACCCAGAUGGUACAUCAAAACUCAGAUGGUA